AUGGCCAAGUUAGAGAUUCAAAUCCAGAUAAGAAAAAUGUUAAAGCCCUCAACUCCAACCCCAACCCCAAAUCAUCUUGAGAGCCUCAAAUUUUCAUUGUUUGAUCAGUUGGCUCCUCCUGUAUAUGGACCUAUGUUGUUCUACUACUUGCCAAUUACUAGCAGUGAAUGUAACAGGGCAAAAAGUGCUGAAAAAUGUGCUAAGUUGCAAAAAUCUUUGGCUGAGACUUUGGUCAAGUUUUACUCUCUAGCAGGGAGAAUUAGAAAACAUGACCUCUCAAUUCACUGCAAUGACGAAGGUGUUGAGUACGUUGAAACCAAAGUCAACGCGGACCUUGCUAAAUUCCUCCGUGAAGGACCGGAGAUUGAGCUAUUGAAAGAUCUUCUUCCAUGGUGUGUUCCUCCAGACGCAAAUCUGCCAUCAAGCCCAUUGCUUGGAGUCCAAGUGAACAUAUUUAAUUGUGGAGGACUAGUCACAGGGAUACAAAUUUCACACAUCCUAGCUGAUGGUUUCACUUUUGGAACAUCUGUCAAGGAAUGGGUUUUAACAAUCGCUCUCCAGAUCAAGUCUUGGUUGCCUGCUUCAACAAUUGCACGCAAAGCUAAUCUCACCCAAUUUACAGUUUGGGAGUGCAAAAUAAGGGCUACAAAGAUCACUUUUGAAACUUGUAUUGGUUCAUUUACGCUUGAGGCAAAUAUUGCACAGUACCAGAGAGAAAAUGCAGAACAAAUCAUGAUUGCUCAAGCACAUAAGGGUUAA